AACAAGUACUCCAUCAAGGACCUUGAGACAAUGACUCAAGAUGAAGAUGAGAGCGUACGGACAUUUGGGAUGCGUUUCCAGAAGAUCUUCGACGUGCUGAUGAAGAAGGGGAAAAUCUCAGAGGUCGAGCGUUGUACUAUCUUCAUUGGACACCUGUCCAAAGGCAGACAAAAGAGUAUACUUAGAGAUCUCCCGCGCGACAAACUUGACUUCCCAGAAGUCCUAAAGCUCGCGAUAAAGGCGGAGGCAGACGACUACAAGGACUUGGUAUGGAGAGGAAUGAGGAGGCGUGACUUCUCUCGCUAUAAAGAGUAUGUCACUGAUAGGUAUCCUGAUUUCAAGGACUACCCCUGGUCGGAGAAGAAAGAGGCUGUGGCUGAGGAAGUGAAGGAAAUAAGGAACAUGGUGAAGGGAUUGACUAGGCAGGUUACAGAGAUUGUGACCAGCACAGGAGCCACGACUUACCGGGACAAACCCGGAGGGUAUGAGAGAGGAGAUCGAGACGGAGACCGACGGGAUGACUCGCGCGGACGGUAUGACCGCGGGGGAUUCGCGAGGGCGCAGCGAGACGAUUCGCGGGGGUGGUACGACCGAGGAGAUCGACACGAUGAGUCGCGCGGGCGAUACGACCAUGGGGACCGCCGGAAUGACUCGCGGGGGCGAUAUGAGCAAGGAGGAUCCGGAGGAGACCGCCGCAAUGAUUCGCGCGGCCGGAAUGAGAGGGGGGGAUAUGGCGCGUCAUCCGAUCCGCAUACAAAGUCCCCUGACCCUAGAGCAGCGAGAGGUUCGACCUCCAGGGGCGCAGACGACAGGCGACCCACUCUCAGGAACUCUUGCGUUUACUGUAGAGGGGAUGAUCAUAUCAAGAGAGACUGCCCGGAUCUCAAACGGACAAUAGAUGAGGGACUUGUCGUGCUUGAUGACCGCAAGUACGUCAAGUGGGAAGAUGAUCUAGGAGACGUAUCGAUGUUCCCUUCGAUGAAGGAAAAUGUUGAAGCAAGGAGAGUAAAGUCGAGUAAAGGAAAGGAGUCGGUUAGGAGCCAGAGCAUCAAGAUAACUUUCGAAGGAGAUAUGGCAACCACACCCAUAAGGGUGACUGCUACCAAGUCGGCGAGGGGGUCUACCUCGAAGAAGACUGACACGGAUUACGUGAUGGCGGAGAAGGACGGACAGUGGAUCGAUGGAGAAGAGGUUAUUCUUUCACCACGAAAGCGGGGAGUAAAGAAGUUCUUGAUGAAGAGUUCGUUGGAUGAGAUUGGCACGGUCGAGCCACUGAGACGGGCCCUUCGGCAGCCCAUGCAGUGCUCAAUUUUGGAAUAUCUGGCGGCAUCCAAGACGGCUCGCGACGAGUUACAGAUGAUCACGCGGAAGACUCGCAUACCUCUAUCAGAGGAGGUUCAGGUGGCCCCUAAGACGGAUGCUUCUACUGUAGCAGUAUCGGAGGUGAUAGCUAGGGCAGAUCGCAUAGUGACAGUUCUUCUUGAUGGGAUGGAAGGUGUGCCUCCAGACAAGUUUUACAUACUUGGAAGUGGGACCGUGGAGACGAUCCUAAACGAUGGUGCGGUUCUGGAUGCUGUGAUCGAUAACGGCAGUGAGGCUGUCAUUAUAGACGAGGAUCUGGCAGUGCAAGUUGGACUGGGCCUCGAUAGGUCAUACCUAUUCGAGAUAGAGACGGCUGAUGAGAGAAAGCAAUAGAUCACCGGGGUUUGUCACAAGGCAGCCAUAAAGGUCCAACGGGUACGAGUGACCCUGGCAGUCUUUGCAGUCAAGAACU